CGGCAGAGACGGAUGAAUGCCGCCAUGUUUGAGAACUGCACCGGUUGUGUGAUGUGCUCCGAAGACAACGGCUGCGUCUCCUGCCAGCAGCGUCUCUUCCUGCUCAUCUGGAGGGACGGGAUCCGACAGUACGGGGCCUGCGUCCACGCCUGCCCGCUGGGCUACUUUGGGGUGCGAGGCCAGGAAGUCAACCGAUGCAUCAAAUGCCGGUCGCCCAGCUGUGAGAGCUGUUUCAGCAAAGACUUUUGCAUGAAAUGUCAAGAGAGCUUCUACCUGCACAAAGGGAAGUGCUUAAACACCUGUCCUCCUGACACCAUGGCCUGGCACAGCACCCGGGAAUGCCAAGAAAACUGCGAGGCAGCCCCCUGGGGCAGCUGGAGCCCCUGCACCAAACAAGGGCGGAUGUGCGGGUACAAGUGGGGUUCGGAGAUCCGAGUCCGGGAGACUCUCCAGAGCGGCAAGGAGAACGUGGCCCUGUGUCCGGCACUGUCCGAGUCCCGGAAGUGUCGGAUGAAGAGACACUGUCCUGGAGAGAGGAAUGAAAACAAGAGGAGAAGCAAGGAGGAACGGAAGCCGAGGAAGAAGAAGAAGAAAAUAGAUGCCUUCAAGGUCGCCUAA